ACGUCCUCUACGGGUGAACGACUAGGCUGGAAUGGAAACACACGGAGUCGAGCCGGUAAUUCAGCCGUUAGUCACUUUGUUGGAAGAAGGGAAUACAUGAUAGAAGAAAGACAUCUCUGCCCAAUACUAUUGGAAGAAUCGUCGGUUUUAUGGGGGGGGAGGGGAACGCAACCUUCAAGACUAAAAGGAACGUGAUGGGGAAAGGCAUUUAUUUUUUUAAAGAAUAUUGUAACUCGACGUCCAUUGGAGGAAACCAUUUACUGUCUAUAGGCCUACUACUAGCUCUGUGCUUUAUCAGAUCGUUAGAUUUUCAUGGAUCAUGUCCUUUAUUAUUAGCCUACCUGUACCUGUCUUAGUUUAAGACAUUUAGCUGUAGGUAGGUCAGCUGCCUUGACGGGCGGGCACAGGCUAGAUGAGAUUCAAGGUUUUUCCAAAAAUGUGGUGGGAUUCCUUGUCCUUCCCAAGGAGGGUAAAACGUGUUAUCUAGGGUAGCAGAUACGAUAAUUGUGGAUUAAUUUAAUUUUUCAGCAAAACCCGACGCCAUGGACUUGUUUUCUUCAUUGGCGAAAUUAGUGUCUGUUUAAUUAAAUCAUCCACAUGAGCGGCGUCUAAAUUAAGGAAGCGUUCAGAGGGGUGAAAGGCGACGCUGAGAAAAUUCACCAACAAGGAGAAAAUUACAGUUUCAUUCAUAUUCUCUGGAAUUGUCGCUGUCCAACACAAGGAAAUGGAAAGUGAGAUUUUUACGCCGUUGUUGGAGCAAUUUCUGCUCACGCCUUUGGUCGCCUGGGUUAAGGCGGCAGGGCAUUCAUCAGGAAACGAUGGCACCAAACUAUCGGAAUACAUUGAAUUAGUGGAUGGCAUUUAUUUAAACGAGAUCAUGCUUGAGAUAAAUCCAAAAGCCACUGUUCAAAGAACCAACAAGAAAGUGAACAAUGACUCAACACUGCGCAUACAAAACCUCUCCAUCCUGAUCCGGCAGAUAAAGUCCUACUACCAGGAGACCCUCCAGCAGCUGGUGAUGAUGCCUCUUCCCAACGUGCUUGUGCUGGGCAGGAACCCUCUCAGUGAGCAAGGUCUGGAGGAGAUGAGGAAGCUGUUGUUGCUGUUGCUUGGCUGUGCCGUCCAGUGUGAGAAGAAAGAAGAGUACAUCGAGAGGAUCCAGACCUUAGACUUUGACACAAAAGCUGCCAUAGCAUCUCACAUCCAAGAGGUGACCCACAACCAGGAGAAUGUUGUGGACCUGCAGUGGCUGGAGGGGGGUGAGCUGCCCCCAGAGGACCUGGACUCCUUCUCCAGGAACAUGGCCUUCCAUCUCAAACGCCUGGUGGACGAGAGAGACGACCAGCUGGAGACCAUUGUGGAGCUGACCCUGGAGAGGGACUGUGGACAGUACUCUCCCCCGCUCCUCUUUGCCCAGUCGCCCAACGACUCGCCCAGCAUGCGCCGCACAGAGAGCCGCCAGCACCUGUCUGUGGAGCUGGCCGACGCCAAGGCCAAGAUCAGACGCCUGCGCCAGGAGCUGGAGGAGAAGAGUGAGCAGCUGCUGGACUGUAGACAGGAGCUGGACAAUAUGGAGACUGAGAACAAGAGGAUUCAGCAAGAGAGCCUGCAGUUGUUGUCAGACGCGCGUUCUGCCAGGGCCUAUCGUGACGAGCUGGACGUUCUCAGAGAGAAGGCCAUCAGAGUGGACAAGCUGGAAAGUGAAGUGGGACGCUACAAGGAGAGGCUCCAUGACAUUGAGUUCUAUAAAGCUAGAGUAGAGGAGCUAAAGGAGGACAACCAGGUUCUGCUGGAGACCAAGGCCAUGCUAGAGGACCAGCUAGAAGGAACCAGGGCUCGGUCUGACAAACUCCAUGAGCUGGAGAAAGAGAGCCUGCAGCUCAAAUCCAAGAUCCACGACAUGGAAAUGGAGCGGGACAUGGACAGGAAGCGUAUUGAGGAGCUGCUAGAGGAGAACCUGGUGCUAGAGAUGGCCCAGAAACAGAGCAUGGACGAGUCUCUCCACCUGGGCUGGGAGCUGGAGCAGCUCUCCAAGACCCCUGAUCUGACAGAGGUGCCUCAGAUGUCUCUGGGCCACGAGGUGAAUGAGCUGACGUCCAGCCGCCUGCUGAAGCUGGAGAAAGAGAACCAGGGCCUGCUGAAAACCGUGGAGGCGUUGAGGGGCUCUGCCAGCGAAGACGCCCCUGCACGCCGCCUCAAGGCCGACAAGGAGAACCAGAGGCUCACCCAGAGGCUGGAGCAGAUGGAGAGUGAGCUGAACACAGACCGGGAGAGUCUGCACAGUGCAGAGAGCCUCAGCACCGACCUGAUGAAGGAGAAGGCUCUGUUGGAGAAAACCCUGGAGACACUGAGAGAGAACUCAGAUAGACAGGUGAAAGGCCUGGAGCAGGAGAACGAGCAUCUGACCCAGACCGUCUCGUCGCUGAGGCAACGCUCCCAGGUGGGCGCUGAGGCGCGGGUCAAAGACGUGGAGAAGGAGAAUCGCGUGCUACACGAGUCUAUCCGGGAGACCAGCUCCAAGCUCAACAAGCUGGAGUUUGAGCGCAAGCAGCUACGUAAGGACCUUGAGGUGUACAAGGAGAAGGGCGAGAGGGCGGAGGAGCUGGAGGUGGAGGCGCAGCGGCUGGAGAGGGAGAAUGAGGCCCUGCAGAAACGAGUAGCCAGUCUGGGCAUCGCCUGUGAUAAGGUGGUGUCUCUGGAGAAGGAGAACUCCGAGCUGGAGGCAGAGGGCCGUCGUUUAAAGAAGUUGGUGGACGGCCUGCGGAGCACAUCCUUCCAGCUGGAGGCCCUGGAGAAGGAGAACUCCCAGCUGGACGAGGAGAACCUGCAGCUUCGCAGGGCUGCUGAGGUGCUCCGCUCGGCUGGGAACAAGGCGGCUCAGCUGGAGCUGGAAAACCGUGAGCUGGAGAGUGAGAGGAGCCAGCUGAAAAGGAGCCUGGAGCUGCUCAAGGCCUCCUCCAAGAAAACUGAGAGGCUCGAGGUGAGCAACCAGGGCCUGGAUACAGAAAACCAGCGGCUGCAGAAGGCCCUGGAGAACAGCAGCCGCAAGAUGCAGCAGCUGGAGGGGGAGCUGCAGGACGUGGAGCAGGAGAACCAGAGCCUGCAGAGGAGCCUGGAGGAACUGAAGAUCUCCAGCAAACGUCUGGAGCAGCUGGAGCAGGAGAAUAAGACUCUGGAGCAGGAGAGCUCUCAGCUGGAGAAGGACAAGAAGCAGCUGGAGAAGGACAACAAGAGGCUGAGACAGCAGGCGGAGAUCAGGGACUCCAAGAUGGACGAGGACAACCUGAGGAUCAGCCACCUGGAGAAGGAGAAUCGCUCCCUGGGCAAGGAGAUGACCUCAUUCAAGGACUCCUGCAACCGCCUCAAAGACCUGGAGAAGGCGAACAAGGAGCUGGUCAAACAGGCCACCAUCGAUAAGAAGACCCUGGUCACUCUGCGAGAGGAACUGGUGAGUGAGAAACUGCGGACUCAGCAGAUGAACAAUGACCUGGAGAAACUGACCCACGAGCUGGAGAAGAUAGGCCUCAACAAGGAGAGGCUGCUGCAGGACGAGCAGAGCUCUGACGACGACAGGUACAAGCUGCUGGAGUUCAAGCUAGAGUCCACUCUCAAGUCUUCUCUGGAGAUCAAGGAGGAGAAGAUAGCUGCCUUGGAAGCAAGACUGCAGGAGUCCUCCAACCUCAACCAACAACUGCGCCAGGAGCUCAAAACUGUGAAGAAGAACUACGAGGCCCUGCGACAAAGGGAGGAGGAGGAGAGGAUGGUGCAGAGCUCACCCCCCAGAGGAGGGGACAGGGAGGACUCUCAGGCGGUCAACAAGUGGGAGAAGGAGAGCCACGAGACCACCCGGGAACUGCUGAAGGUCAAAGACCGCCUCAUCGAAGUGGAGAGGAACAACGCCACCCUCCAGGCAGAGAAGCAGGCCCUGCAUACCAACCUGAAGCAGCUGGAGACCCAGAGCAGUAACCUGCAGGCUCAGAUUCUGGCUCUACAGAGACAGACUGCAUCUCUACAGGAGAACAACACCACCCUACAGACCCAGAACGCCAAACUACAGGUGGAGAACUCCACCCUGAACUCCCAGAGUGGUGCUCUCAUGGCCCAAAAUGCCCAGCUUGCGACACAGCAGUCCAGCAUGGAGAACGAGAAGGAGGGGGCGGUGAGGGAGAGGGAGGACCUGAGGUCCACCUAUGAGAUGCUACUGAGGGACCAUGAGAAGUUGGCUGCCCUGCAUGAGAGGCAGGCCUCUGAGUAUGAGGGCCUCAUCGGCAAACACGGAGGCCUGAAAAGUGCCCACAAGAGCCUGGAAUCACAGCACAGAGACCUGGAGGACAGGUAUAACCAGCUGCUGAGGCAGAAGGAUCAGCUGGAGGAGCUGGAGAAACAGCUGAAGGCACAGCAGGAGAAGAUGCUGUCUGAGAACAUGAGCCACGAGGCCACGGCUGUAGACUACUACAAACUGAAGGAGGAGAAUGAAAGGCUGAACAUGGCACACUGCCAGCUGGUGAAGGAUAAUGAGGGACUGCAGGUUGACCAUAAGAACCUGAAGAGCCAGAUGAACGGUGCCAAGCUGGAACAGACCCGCCUGGAGGCGGAGUUCUCCAAACUCAAAGAGCAGUACCAGCAGCUGGACAUCACCUCCACCAAGCUCACCAACCAGUGUGAGUUGCUGAGUCAGUUGAAGGGAAACCUGGAGGAGGAGAACCGUCACCUGUUGGACCAGAUCCAGACCCUGAUGCUGCAGAACCGCUCCCUGCUAGAACAGACCAUGGAGAGCAAGGACCUGUACCACGUAGAACAGAGACAGUACAUUGACAAGCUGAACGUGUUGAGGAGACAGAAGGAGAAGCUGGAAGAGAAGAUCAUGGACCAGUACAAGUUCUACGACCCCUCACCUCCACGGAGACGAGGGAAUUGGAUCACCCUGAAGAUGAAGAAGCUGAUCAAGCCGAGGAGUCGGGAGCGGAUGCGUUCCCUGACACUGACGCCCACACGCUCCGAGUCCAGCGAGGGCUUCCUGGGGCUUCCUCUGGACAGCCAGGACUCCUCCUCCAUAGGCUCUGGCUCCAACUCCCUGGAUGACACGCUGACACACAAGAGGAGCAGCAGGAAGAAAGACUCUCAGAGAGUGCAGCACUCCCAUGUGCAGAGUAACCAGGGCAGCCAAGGUUCCUCUAAUGCUCUGAAAAGGUUGCCCUUUAUGAGGAACAGAUCGAAGGAGAAAGACAAAGCGAAGGCCAUCUACCGCCGGUCCAUGUCCAUGAACGACCUGCUGCAGACCAUUGCCGUGGCAGGGGGCCAGUGGGCGGGCAGCACAGAGAACCUGGAAGGGCCCGUGGAGGCCAACGGGGGCAGCAGUAGUCGGCGCAUGAAGGAGCUGGGCUCCAUGGCCUACUCCACCAACGCUAUCAACUACACCACCCUCACCCUGCCCUCUGGCAACAGGGCCAAGAGCAGCCUGAAGAUCAAAGACAACGCUUCCUGUGAAGACGUUCCAGCAUCCUCAGACGACCCCAUUGGGGUCAGAGGUCAAGGACUACAGGUCUUUAGCAGUGCUCAGGCUCUGUCGCCCUCUGCCCUCUACCCAUCCACUAUGUGCAGAGUCCCCUGUAGCAUCUGUUACUCCAGACCCUCCAGCCUCCAUAGUAUCAAGACCAUCAGUAGUAAUAGCAAUAAUAACUCCCACUCCUCUCCGCUCGAGGCCAAAGUGUGUUUCUCUUCAGGCACGUUGAAUGGAAACCUCAGCAGGCCCCACAGUGAGAGCAGUGGGGAGUUCAGCCUCAGUCUGGACCAGGAGGAGUGGUCCAGUGGGAGCAGCCCUGUCCAGCACCUCCUGUCCCGCUCCUCUCACCAGAGCCCCAUGCUGCUGCGGAGGUCCCUGGACCCCCAGGCCACACAGGCCAAGAAGAAGAAUGGCAGCGCCAGCGAGGUGGUCUCUCUACAGCAGUUCCUAGAGGAGAGCAUCGACCCUGCAGAGUCGGGCAGCCAAGAGAAUCUGACCAUUGAGUCUCCCCGCCUCUCUGGAGGCACUGAGCACGUGCAGAGAGACCGGACAGAGCGAGGCUCCACUGGCACUAAGGGGCGGGGCAUCCUGCGCUCAGCCAGUGGGAAGGCAGCGCCAGUGAACUCAGAUGGCCGCCCCUCCAGGGCUGCCCAACCAGGUCGUCCCAGCCUACGAAAGGCAGAGAGUACGUGUGUGAAGGGCAUGGUCCAGCCACGGGUCAGCCUCUCCUCCCAAAGUAAAGCCAUGUCUGUGUCUGAGCGUCUGGACAUCUCCUCCUCCACGCUGCCCCGGGCCAGCAGCGUCAUAUCCACAGCCGAGGGCUCCACACGUCGGACCAGCAUCCACGACAUGUUGUCCAAAGACACCCGGCAGCCCGUGUCUGUGGACCCCACACCCUCCUCAAAGGCCUUGCCUCGCGCCUACACCACGCCCAAUGUGGAAGUGUUACAAGAGCGCAGAAAGUCAAAAAGCAGUGGGGAGCAACAAAGCUCCUAAACAUUACUCAUCGGCUACCAUUAUGAGCUCAAGUGAGAGAAAAGUGACCUUCAAGCUGUCUGGCUGACUCUGAAGCCGUUAAAAGUUGGUCUUCAGUGAGAAAAAAAGAUUGUGAAAAGCAAAAAUAUAAAAAUACAUUUUUUUAAAAACAAAAAAUCAACAAUGCUUCAAUAAAGAAAGUAAAGGUAAUCUUUUUUUGUAUCCUUGAAUCAAGGAAAUAAAACUCUAAGACAUACAGUAUGUGGCGACAGUAGUUUUUCUAUAACUGACUUUCUGGCAAAUUGCACUGCUAUGGUGUGACAGACUGCUAACAUGCACCAUACACAGACAUACUGUUGGUGCCAAUGUUCACGCAAAGCCAAAUGGGUGAGCUUAAACUAGACCCUGAAGACUCCUUGUUGUCCUCUGUGUGACUUUGAAUCAGCUGGAUAUUUGCUCUCUGCCAAUUGAUGCUAAUGAUACUCUUUGUAAAUGAGCAUGCACAUGCAACGUCUUUCUACUGUGGAACAACAGAUGUCUACAUUCAACAAUCUGCACAGAACAAAAAAUCUGCAUGUGGGCACAGAACAAGGUCAACCACAAUGUGCAUGGAGCAAUCAACACACUUUUCUUCCAAUCAGAAUGGACGAUGUUUUAAGUUGUUCCUCUGAAAUGCCAAAAUGACUAUCGUGGGAAGCCAUGCCAACUGUGAUUGACAGAGAAUCUAAUCAAGACGAAGGUUGUGUGAGCUGAAUGGCACAGCUUUGUAUAUGUGUGUACAGUAUGUAUGUGCCCACUAUCAGAUAUCUGUCUGUGAUGACCUAGUGUUCAUUUCCUUUUCCACUUUUACAUAAAUCCAUUUGAUGUGAUUAAAAUUCCAGGUAAUCUAUUCUUCCUCUGA